AUGAAGCAUUGAGGUUCAAAUCAGUUUAUGUAUGUACUCUCUACUCUGUACUUUCAGAUACUUGUUUUUCUCAUUUCUCUCUCAACAAAAAGGUCCUACUCAGUCUUUUUCUUCCUUCCUUCAAUCUAGAUACAUUUUUGUGCUUUUUUUGUUUGUUGGUUAUCAUGACACUUAGCACAUAUCACUCCUAUAGUUACAAUAAUAAUUUUUACCUUCCUUCUUCUCUUGUUCAAACUACCAAUUCAGAAAUUAUCACUUUUCAACCUCAAGAACAAUUGUCUUCUUAUGUUGAUGAUGAAAGUUUCCUUUUUCAAAGUCCUUAUGUUUACUCAAAUGAGACUAAUUACCCUUCUUCUUCUUAUCAGCUACUUGAUGAUACCACUUUCAAUGAAAACUUCAUUUCUAUUAAUGAAAUUUUCUCAAAUGAACAAUAUUAUUGCCCCCUUCCAUGUGCAAAACGUCAGAAGCUAUGUCAUGAACAAAUCGAAGAAGAACAAGAACUUUUGAAUUCAACCAAUUGUUUCUUGAACGAAUUUCUUACUUCAAUAGAAGGAGAACCGCCACCACCGCCCUUCUACGCUGUGCAAGAGUUUAAUAAUGAGGGAAAUAACAUUGUUAAUGUUGUGAGCGAUGAGAAGAAAUUAGUCAAGGAAAAGAGUGUUUCUACGCAGAGUGUAGCUGCCAGAGAAAGGAGAAGGAAGAUAAGUGAGAAAACACAAGAACUUGGUAAAUUGGUUCCUGGUGGAAUCAAGAUGAACACAGCAGAGAUGCUUAAUGCUGCUUCUAGUUAUGUUCAGUUUCUUCAAGCUCAACUUCGAAUACUUCAACUUAUGCAAACAUUAACUAAGGAAGAUAAGGAAGGUCCUUCAAGUGAAGAUCUACAGAAACUUGUUGUUUCUCCUUUAGUUCAAGAGAGAUUGUAUUCAGAAGAAAUGUGUUUUGUUCCAAAAGAGUUUGUCACCACCACAUUGACCAAUCAUGAUGAUGUUCGAUCACAACCUACCAUCCUUAAGGGUCUUAAACAGCUUAUUGGAUCACAAAUUGAGAAGAAACCAAAGCAAGAAUAAUGUUAAUUGCUUUUUUUCUCCAUUUUUAGUCAUGCUUUAUUUCAUUUUUCAUUUUUCAUUUUUGAUGUUGUUUCCAAGAUAUGGCUCUCAUCUCGCGAGCCUUAACUUCAAUUUUUUUAAGUUCAUUUUGCUUGAAAGAAGAAUCCUCUUUAUUUAUAUAUUUCAUAG